AGAGUCAGCUAGCUAUCUGGCAGCCAGCUGAUCAGUGCUGUGGCAUUCAGAGAGAGGAGAGGAGAAGGAGCAGAGUGAGCGUACGCAGCGUCGCAGUUUUGAAAAGGGGAAGCAGAGAAAAUAACAAAAGUCAGCGCGAGGUUUUAAUCCAGGAAGGGAAGUAGCUGAGCACAAUGACAGGGGCAGGGUGGAGGAAGUGAAGACUGAGCCAGAGCUGCCUGGGCUUCUGGCCCCCGCCAUAAAACCCACAUCCGUGCGCCUCGCUCACGGAGUCGGUACGAGAGAGAGAGAGAGAGAGAGAGAGAGCAGAACACAAGGUGUUUUUUGAAUCAGCUGUCGGGAGCCUGCCGCAAAGUCUCUCUUCCCUCUCCAUCUUUUGGAUUUUUUUUUUCGCGAACCCCAGACGAGGCGGGGGAUAGGUUCCCGCUCCGGGGCCCGAGAUGUCGUACAGCCCGUGGUCCAUGCUUUCGCCCGUUCAGUGGGCCAAGUGGACCUGGUCGGCGGUUCGAGGCGGAGGGGAGGAGGAGCAGGAGGAAGAGGAGGGCGGCCGGUUGAAGGAUGAGGAAGAGCUCUCUCAGGAGGAGGAGAAGUCCGGGGGCUGCAGCUCGGACUCGGAGGGGAACUUCGAGACGCCCGAGGCUGAGACCCCUGUCCACGGGCCGCUGAAGAGCAUCGGAGAGCUGGACAACCGCACGGGCAGCAGCGCAGAUUUACUCGAGGAUGACAAGCAUCUGAUCUACAAUGCAGCAGGUCUGCACGGCUCUCUCCUGGAUAAGAACUCCAACCAGAAUGAGGUCCCCUUGACCGUCCACGUCCGGGAGGAGGAGCGGGGGGUGUCCGGCCCGCGGGACGCCGUGGACGCUCUGAACAACCUGACGGGCGCGGCCCAGAUGCUGGCGGGCCUGACGAUCUCCGGGGACCUGCAGGCGGAUCCGAAUCAGAACCUGAACCUGCGGGCAGAGCUCAAAAAGGCCAGGCCCCCGUCUCUCAAGAUGAAAGGGCCUCUGAACGGGCCUGACCCGGGCGAGGUAGACGAUGGGUUCGACCCGGACCAGUACAAUGACAACGUCAACCCGUUCACCGGUGGAGGUUCCAGGCUGCAGGACUCGGCACCGCCAGCAGAGGUCACCGAGGGCACAGCUCGAGACGCCCAGCCAAUCAGGAUGGAGUUUGGCCUGGCAGGUGAUUCUGAAACCGGGGAGGUGAAGAAAGCUUCGCCCAAGAAGCAGGGGAAGAAGGCUGGUGGCAGACACUCCCACAAGAAAGCCACGCCCAAACUGGCAGAACCCGACACAGCCGACCUUGGAAGCUCCCCGGUCCUUUCCAAGGGCUCCUACAGCUUUGACCCCGAUGCUUAUGAUGACUCUGUGGACCCCUUUAAGCCCUCUAAGAUCUUAGCUGGGGAGGACUCGCUGAAGACUGCUCCCUCUGUAGACACUCUGGGAGAAGGGCCACUCAGGCUAAUCACGAAUGCGUGCAAAGUGAAGAAAUAUGAAAAUCAGUCUCUGGUUCUGGACGUCUGUGGUCAGGACGAUGAAGCUGUGGAGCCCCCGGUCCCGGACAUCGCUCACCGCCAGGCCCACGCCACCGACGAGGAGAAGCUGGCCUCCACCGUUACCGGGCAGAAAGCGGGCAAAGCCGAGCAGGAGGACGAGCCCUCCGACUGCGGCGGCAAGGCGCUGGACGGAGAGGGGAAAGAAGUGAAGAUCACAGAAAAUCAAGAGGAGAAGGAUCCUUGCUUUCCAUACGAAGACCCUUCAAAAGCCAAGAGCGCAAAGCUGACAGGAAGUGAGAGCCACGACAAAGGAAGUCCAGUUCUAGACACCAUCUGCAUCAGCGAGGCGGACAAAGCAGCAGUUCUCACGCUGAUUAGAGAAGAGAUCAUAACGAAAGAAAUAGAGGUGAACGACUGGAAAAAUAAGUACACAGACAGCAGACAGGAGGUCAUGGAAAUGAGGAAGAUCGUGGCAGAAUAUGAGAAGACGAUUGCACAGAUGAUUGAGGACGAGCAGCGCACCACCAUGAGCUCCCAGAAGGGCGUGCAGCAGCUGACCGCGGAGAAGGAGCAGGCUCUGGCCGACCUCAACUCCGUCGAACGCUCCCUCUCCGACCUGUUCCGGCGCUACGAGAACAUGAAGACCGUCCUGGAGGGGUUCAAGAAGAAUGAAGAGGUGCUGAAGAAGUGUGCGCAGGAGUACCUGGCCAGGGUGAAGCAGGAAGAGCAGCGCUACCAGACCCUCAAGAUCCACGCAGAGGAGAAACUGGACAAGGCCAAUGAGGAAAUAGCUCAGGUCCGCUCUAAGGCCACCUCGGAGAGCCUUGCUCUCAAUGCCAGCCUGCGGAAGGAGCAAAUGAAAGUGGAGUCUUUAGAGAGAGCUCUCCAGCAGAAGAAUCAGGAGAUUGAAGAACUCACCAAGAUCUGUGAUGAACUGAUUGCUAAGAUGGGCAAAACAGACUAAAAUCUCCCUAGAGACUUAGACCGGAUCCUUCUGUCUACAAUGCCUUCUUUCAGCCCUGCCUAUUUCUCCUCUACUCUGUGCAUGCGACUGCAGAUGCCACCCCAGCGCUACCCAGCGAUUGGCCAGCGCCUCUAGAAUGCCUCGCUACGCCGACAGAUUAGGUAUUGCGUCUACACGGUCCUACUGUUUCCAGCAUGAAGACGCUCACCGCGCUAAUGUGCACUCCUAGAGCCAGGCAGCAGUCCCAGGCUAACAUCCGGCUGGGGAAUACCUAGCAGCUGAGGAUGGAUCAAAACUGCAGUCCAAAUACAUAGAUGUAUGGAGGCUAUUUUUGAACAAGUUUACUGACGUUAAUUGUUCCUUUUUGUUUAAAUGCUUGUGUGGAUAUUGCGCGCACGUAUGCGGUUGUCAAAUUAGUAAUUUGUGGUUAGCAAAAGUAAGGUGCUUUCAUUUGAAUAUGCGCUUUUCGUUCUUCAAAAUCUGUGUCUUUUUGUCGGUUUCGUUUGAAUUUGUUUUUUUUUUUUAAAAUGCGUCCAUGUCAGGUAAAAUUCCUGACAGGAUUUGGAGAGUGGUUUUGGGGCAGAUGUAUUACUUUAGAGCGAGAGUAGAGAGAGGGUGGGGGACAUUUUACACAGGAAAUGAGUCAUAAAUUACCAGCGAAAAGAGCCUCAGAUGCACUUGCUCCCCGACACACAGCGAGGACCUAAUCUUAAGAGGCAGAAAAAGUCUCACCUUCAUUCUUUGUGAAUACAAAGUGUACACAAGAGGACAUUGGUUGCAUUUUAUUUUCCCUUUGUCGACUGACAGCAUUGGAUUGCUUCUGAAUUGGCAAUCCAUUCCUGCAGAUGGGAAUUUAAGCCUUAGGGCUCUGUCACCAUCAGGUUUUUGACUAGGCUUGUCCAUCCUGAAUUAGUUGUAUGCACUAAAGGCUGCACAAGUAUGGUGGGUGACAUUAUGACCUGCAGUUGAACUCAUGAUGAAUUCCCCUCCUUCAAUUGAGCUUUUGCUUCAUCACCAGUAGAUCACAACUAGCAAUGCUGAUGGAUUUUGUUAUACUGGCAGUGCCAUGGUUUCAUUAGAAAAAAGUACACAUGCAUGCACAUGCACAUGAAAAUUAAUACAGCUGCAUUGUAUGUGCUAGCCCAUUUCACUGUGUCAUGCUUUAUCUUUCAUGAAUCGUUUUUCUAGAUAAAUUCUGUGUUCCCUAAGAAAGCUGAGUGACUCUAUACCACAUCAGAUUUAGAAACCCUCAUGACCUCAUGUCCAGUUAUGAAGAAGUGCUUUUGUCAUGCCAAAUUGGCUUCAUGGGUACAAAAUGGAGUACUGUAAUGGAAUGUUGUGAAAAGAAUAUUGACGGAUAUGUUUAAUAAGUUGGAAGACUAUUUGAAAGCAAGAAUAUUUACCUUCAUGUGUAUGUACAAUAAUUCUGUCUCUUUGCAGAUUAUCAUUUAUGUAAUGAUCUUUUUUUUUAGGCACUUAGCCUCCAAAAAAUCAAAUUAAGUGCACCUGUAAAGUCUUUUUUUUGUUUAUUUAAACUAAAAUGUAGAUGAAAUGGUAAGUUGUGAUAAUAAUGAUUUCACCUCCUCAUAAAAACAGGCAGUUUUUUUGUUGUUUCAUUUAGUUCACACUUUUCCCCCAUUUUAAAUGUGGGCCUUAGUGAUUUGAGAGAGGAGAGGCAGCCUGAGAAGUAUGGGGGCCGUCCUGCCGUUGGCCGUUGUUUUUGUAUGUCCAGUCUAGAGUUGUGCUGAGACUGAAGAAGAGCCUUUUACCCUGAGAGGUAAUGUUUCCAUCAACAUCAUAGCAACUGUACCCUAAUCUCUACACACACCCACACAUGGUCAUACACAUAUGCAAACACACAAACACACACACACCCUCAGUCAGCUAUAUUAGCACUCAACUGACGAUAUACAAUGAUUUCCUUGUGCCAAAUGGAGUCAAAUUUUUAGUUUUCUAAUUAAGUUUGAAUUCGAAAAAACUGCCAAUUAUAUUGCCCCAACUAACACAUCUUUUAUUUCUUUUUAGAUUUCAAGUUAUGUUCGAUCACAGCUUUUUGUAUGGAAAUGACAAAUAACCAUUUUCCCCUGUUUCCCUCAUUAAUAUUUGCAAAGUGGAAAAAAAAACUAGUGAAAUGACAACAUUUACUAAUAUAUAUUUUGUCCAAAUCUCAUUGCCUGAAUAAAAAUGACUGUAAUUA